UUUAUCUUUAUUAUGUGCAGAAAAAACAAGGUGGUAAAGAGAUUGGAAAAGUGGAUUUUUAUAAGAUGACCCACACAAAGAAAGAUGGUUCUUUUGUGACUGCUACCAGUGAAGAAAAUUACAAUCUAAUGAUAGAAAAAGUAGCUAAUGAAGAGAACCAAAGCACUGAGGAGGAAAUUUUUAUAGAAGUGCUAGGGACAAGGCGAGGCUUUGUAAGAGGGAUGGGGAAAUUUGUGAUUCCGACCCCAACCCCUUCUUCUCAUUUGCGAUAUGAGACAAGCAUGAAUAUGGAGUUGGAAACCUGCAAGCAAGAUUUGUCCAAUACGAUGCUGAAACUGUCCAAUGCGGAGCAAAAACAGGGUGAGUCGGAUAAAAAACUUGCUGAAACACAGAACCAAGUGGCACAAUUACAGAGUCAGGUAGAGGAACAAUGUCAGCAACUAGCUAUAUUGAUGGCAAGGUUUGGUAGCUAGUCUAUAAGGUGAUUAGUUUAUUAGUAUUUGAGACUUUGUUAUUACUUU